GUAGUGUCGUCUGCAGACUUGAUGAUUGAGUUCGAGGCGUGCAUGGCAUUUCUGAAAGUGCACUUUCCUAUUUUGUUGACCUAGUUUUGCUAAAUCCAGGAAGUUGAGGUUGCCAUUAGUCAUUCAUUCCAAAUAGUUGCAACUUGGUGAGAAGAAAACCCUGCAGUUAAGAGACAACAUUAGUCCGCUUUUUUUCUACUGAAUUUAACUUAGCUACAAAGUUGUAUCUUCGUUGAGUUCUGCAACCUUGCAAAGGGAAAUAGAGCCGUUAUAAUUAGUUGGUAAACUAUAAAGUUGCAUUCAAGUUACUUAUGGCUGAUAUGGAUGAGGGUUGCUUGGAAAAUCUGAACGGCAAGACCCUAAAAGGAACUAUUCUCAUCGCAGAAAUACUCAUCAGUCUUAUCAUCCUAAUCUGCUGUGCUGCGUCAUUUUAUGGAGGUUAUUCUGUGGUGGCCAUCUGUGAGAUGGUCUCCGCCAUCAUCUUCUUUGUCAUCUUCAUGAUGGAAAUGGACAAGUCCAUUCAGGUGGUCAACUGGGUCUGGAGUGAUCUUUUGCGUGCUUCUUCUGGUACAGGCCUGUACCUCAUCACCUCUCUGAUGUCUCUGAUUCAUGGAGCAGGGGAUGGCGCCUGUAUUGCAGGAGUGUGUUUGGCCUGCUGGCUGGGAUCCUGUUUGCCUAUGAUGUCUACACCAUCAUCCUUGUCAUCAACAGCAACAAAUAGGAUACUGCAGCGCUCACUGGUUGGUAUUUUGGACAAGGUGCAGCUUUGCUUUGAACUACAGUUUGGACUUUGACAUUUCCUCACCUAAUUUCCUUUGUUCUAUUCCCUGCUUUGUUUCCAGAUGACAAUGUUUAAGCACUGGAAGAUAAACCCCAACUUAGCCUAUUAAAUAAAAUGACAUUUGUGCAGGACGAGUUGACAAUGAGCAGUGAAAGAAGUGCAGCAGGUUGGAAGGAAGUUUGAUGCUCAAAUGAAGAGAUUAAUAGCAGAAAUGAACCAAUGUUAGGGUCAGAAGAGAGAAACAUCUACAGUACGGCCGACACAGAGAGGAUAAUGUUAUACUGCACUGAGAUCAGUAUGUUCAAAAGAACCAUGUAAAUUCCAGGAGGGCUUCCCUUGACAACCGCUGUUCCAGUCUCAGUGUACAAUUCUACCGUCCCAUUGUUCAAUCUUUAGUCUGGUGAAAAAGGGAAAGAUGUAAGUAUUAUGCAGCAUAAGGAGGUGGAAAGCUUUGGUCAGUUUUCACACUAGUACAUCAUUUGUUUUCUGAUGUAAUGAACUAUUGUGUAAAAAGAUGUCUCUGUUGAAUUACAUCCACUGUUGAAAUGUUGGUUUAUAUUAGAAAUUAGAUUGUAGCAUUACAUUUAUAGAGGUGCUCAGAUUAAUAUAACAUCAUAAUGUAACAUCAAUGGUUUUGGUACAAAUGGCAUUCUAUCUCUCUUUGUCGUCAUAAUUUCACCUCAGCGUCAUAGCCCUCUGUCACGCUCUGACCUAGGAGAGCUGUGUUCUCUGUUUAGUUAGGUCAGGGUGUGAUAGGUGGGUGGGCAUUCGAUGUUUUGUUUUCUAUGUUUUGACCGGGUAUGGUUUCCAAUCAGAGGCAGCUGUCUAUCGUUGUCUCUGAUUGGAAGCCAUUCUUAGGCAGCCUGUUUUUCCCUGUGUUUUCGUGGGAUCUUGAUUUUGUGCAGCCCCAGAACGUCAUGUUUGUUUCAGUUUCACCUGUUUAUUGUUUUGUUCGAGUUCACAAUAAAAUAUGUGGAACUACCGGCACGCUGCGCCUUGUCUAAUUUAUGACAGGGAAUUCGAAGACAGCACUCGUGACACCCUCUCCAUAUCCCACUGUAAUAUAUUCAAAUUGUGCUGGUUGAAUUAAGCCAAAUUUCGCCUGCACUUAGGCCUCGAUUCAAUCAGAUCGAGUGUUAACCGGCAUAGCGGAUGUUUUGACAAAUGUUGGAGGUGUCACUGCAGUAUGAGCUGACAAAUAGGUGAAAGGCUGCUCUUGUGUGUCACAAACCACUUCCUUCCUUAUUAAUCCUACUGCGUUAGAAGUUCAAAAUGGUGAUAGAAAGUGUAGGUUAAUGCAUGUUUUCAUGUUAAUUUGGAUGGUGGGGAUUUCUAGUCUCAGUCAAAUCGAGAUAUAGACAAUGGAAACAUCCCGCAUUCGAGUGUUCGAACUUGUAAAGUGGCUGCAUGGGAUUUAUCGGAUUAUAAAGUUGGCUGGUUUCGUUGCAUCCAAUGGCAUGGUCCGCGAUAAGCUAACACAAGGAGCCGCUUGUGGAUUUGACAGCUCUAACGCAGUUCCAUCUCCGACACGCCAAAACAACCGCUAUGCGGGAGUCUGCUAGCACGGAUCUGCUAUAGAAUCUAGCCCUUAGUCAAGGCACCUUAAUUGGGGAGGACGGGCUCUUAGUACUGGCUGGCAUGGAAUAAAUGGAUUGGUAUUAAAGUCAAACACAUGGUUUCCAUGUGUUUGUUACCAUUCCAUUCACUCUAUUACAGCUAUUAUUAUGAGCCGUCCUCCCCUCAGCAGCCUCCUGUGCUGGAAACAUUUGUAGUGCCUUAGUUGCAUUAGUUGUUGUUUUGCUUCUUUCUCUACUUACCUAGCACUGUAAGGCCUACUGGCCACAAUUAACUCUGCACUCAUAGUAAGGUUUGAUGUUCAUUUGCCACCAAAGAACUUCUCAUGAGUACUCUUGCCGUAGGAAAAGAAUGGGAUAACAUGUUUUCAUUAUCCUGGUUUUGAAAUAAUCUAAUUCAGGUCAAGUGGGUUGCUUACCAGUUUUUCUUUGUGUGUUUUUUAACCAAUGGUAGAUAAGAUAUUUUAACGACAUUUAAUGUUGUACAAGAGAAGUGUUACCUCAGUCAGUGCACCCUUGUUAAAGUAUUUAGACAGUUUGUAUGCAGUUAUAGUAGUAAACAUUCAUAUUUUGAUUAUAGACUCGUAGAAAAACAACUGAUUUAGAAUGAGCAAUUAAUUAGCAAAGAAGGGCAUUUGAUCAGUUAUGUGGUUCCAUUUCAGGAUGCCUAUGUUAUAAUUGUAAUAUCUUUUGUAAAUGUUAUCUCCAAAAUAUAAAGUACAUUUCUCAAGGAAGAAUUUGCCAUUAAUGUUUUAUUUCUAACAGGUUUUUAAUGUAUUUUGUCAUACUAUUGUGUGUAUUUGAAAUAUUGAGGCAUACACAAUGCUUUGCGCAAUAAAAGCAAGUUGUUAUACAAUUAGGAA